AUGGAAAUUAAAUACAACCGAUCCCUAAGUGGAGUACCAGAAAAUCAAUCAUAAUAACCUCUCAGAAGAAUAACCAAAACUUAUAUAGAAAACAGAGACCCUGUAAGAAGAAACUUAACUUAAUUGUAUAAUGAAGGUAAAAAGAUUAUAUUAUUGGAAUUAAGACACCCAACAAAUUAAUAAGUCAAUGCUUGGUAGUAAUAAUGACUUAAGGAGGAAAUAAGAAAGAGUUAAGAGAUCUUUCAAUUAAGAUAUACUAGAAGAUAAAGAGAAUGUGCCUUAACAUAAAGCCAUUUCGUCUAAAAUUUAUACUCUUCCAUAAGAAUUUUCUGCUAUUACAAUUAAGUAGAAAUUUGAUCAUACUAUUUAAGAGAAUAAAAAUCUCUAAAAAUAGUAUACGGAUGAAAUAUUUUUCUAUUUAAAAGAAUAAGAAGUAUUUAUGAAUAUAAUAUUAUUAGAAAAAAUCAACUCCAUUAGAAUGGUUAAAAAAUCAUUCGAUUCCAAAUAAUUUGAGAGCCAAAAUGAUAGAUUGGAUGGUUGAAGUUUUAUGUUCAUACAAAUGCACUGAUUAAACAUUUUUUGUUGCAGUAAGGACAAUGGACUUUUAUUUUUCAAAAUGUGAAAAACAAUUAGAAGUAUCAGAUUUACAUUUAUGUGGUGUAACUUCAAUGUUCAUUGCUGCAAAAUAUGAAGAAAUUCAUCCUAUGAAAUUAUCUGUUGUUUAUGAAAAAAUAGCUCAUAAAAAAUUAUCAACAGAUCAAAUAAAAAAGAAAGAAAGUGAUAUUUUGUAAACUAUUGGUUUUGAUCUUGUUGGUGGUACUCUUUAUGAUAUGUAUAAUCUUAUACUAACAAAUUGUUUUAUUGAAUAAAGAUUACAAGAUAAAAACUACAAAUAUCUCAAAAAACUUUGUUUAUAUCUCUCUAAAAUGGUACUCUAUGAAUAUGAAAUUUGUGGUAAAACUAAUUACACUUUAUUGGCUUCUGCAUUAAUUUUUGUUGCCUUUAAAAUUGUAGAACAAUUAGAUUCUAGUUUUAAUGCAGAUAGUUAAGUAUAAUUUUAUAUUAAUUCAUAGAUUAAAGAUGUAGCUUAAAUUAUUUAAGUUGAUUAAGAUUAGUUAAUAGAAAUUGCAGCAAAAGUAUUGAAUCUAGCCAAAAACUUUGAGAAACAUUUUCCUAAUUUGGAAAAUUUAAAAAAAUUUAAUGGAUUUUAGUUAGAAGAUGUUGAAUAAUGA